AUGCCUAUUCCAGUUCCCAAGCCCGACAGUCUCAAGGACCUUCUUAGCCUCAAGGGCAAGGUCGUCGUUGUGACCGGUGCUUCCGGCCCUCGCGGCAUGGGUAUCGAGGCCGCCCGCGGCUGCGCCGAGAUGGGCGCCGAUCUGGCCAUCACCUACUCCUCACGACCCGAAGGCGGCGAAAAGAACGCAAAGGACCUGUCCGAGCAGUAUGGUGUCAAGGUCAAGGCCUACAAGUGUGAUGUCGGUAACUGGGAGAGCGUGGAUGGCUUCGUCAAGUCGGUCAUUAAGGACUUCGGCAAGAUCGAUGCCUUCAUCGCCAAUGCUGGCCGCACCGCCAACUCCGGUGUCCUCGAUGGCUCCGUCAGUGACUGGGAGGAGGUCAUCCAGACCGACCUGAACGGCACUUUCCACUGCGCCAAGGCUGUCGGCGCUCACUUCAAGGAGCGCGGCACUGGCUCCUUCGUCAUCACCUCUUCCAUGUCCGGUCACAUCGCCAACUUCCCUCAGGAGCAAACCUCCUACAACGUCGCCAAGGCUGGCUGCAUUCACAUGGCUCGCUCCCUUGCCAACGAGUGGCGUGACUUCGCUCGCGUUAACAGCAUCUCCCGGGAUACAUUGACACCGGCUAAGGAGCUUAAGGGUGCCUAUGUUUACCUCGUCAGUGAUGCUAGCACCUACAUGACCGGUAACGAUCUGAUCAUUGACGGAGGAUACACCGUCCGGUAA